GGUGAGGAUCCUCUCCGCGAUUCCUUGGCGCAUCCAUGGGGUAGGCGGAGGCGGCGGCGGCGGCUCGGUGGCGACGCUGUAUCCUCCCAAUGGCGGCUGCGCGGAGGUACGCGGUGGGGUUUUGUCACUGCCGGCAGCAUGAAGAGAGCAAGAGAUCAUCGCGCAAGGGUUUGAUGGUAGAAUCAGCGGCAAGGGGGUACUGCAUUGUCCAAUGUCAUCGUCUUCGCCGCCAACGGCACUGGCAUUGCCGUGGUUUGAUCAGCGUAGCGGCGGCACGAUCGCGGAUUUCCUCAGGAACAACAAGCCGCCGGAAGAGGUGCUGCUCAAUUUCCUGGUCAACCCCUCGCCCGCGCCGAGGCCGUUGACUCCGUUGACCGGCGGCGGCGGCGGCGGCGGCGAGUACGAGAGUCUGGCGAUGGCGCGGCCCUGCGAGACGAGCCACGGCCCCGACUUUAGCGGCCUCUUGUUCGAGGGGAGCAGCAUCAAGUCCGAGGAUGACGCCGCCGCUGACGAUGGCUUGAAUGGAGAGCUCAUCGCCUUUGAUCAGAUCGACGCAGAUAUGGCCAGGGACUCCUUCUCGCUCUUUGGUGGCGCCGCCGCCGUGGACGACAGUAGCAACGGGAACUCCCACGACGGGAUCGAGCUGGAGGUUUGCUCGCCAUCCAGGAGUGUUGGAGCUGCCGCCGCCGCCAGCGCGCUGCUCAACUUCCCGCUCAACAACUUCCUGGCGCAGCAUGGGAGCUCGUUCCUGGCCGCCGCGGCCGCCGCGGCCGCCGCCGGUGUUGCUCCCGAUGGCUCGGAGCUCGUUGGUUUUGAGGCGGCUCCGGCCGAGAUCCACGCACAGUCGUGUAGCAAUCUCGUGGGGGACUGGAGCUUGCCACCCGACACCAUUCUUCUUCCUUCUUCGCACGGCGGCAGCCAUGGCAGUGAGUCCAACAAUGCUGGUAGCAGCAGCGGGACAAACAACAUGGUUCAUCAGUAUAAUCUCCAGUGCGGUUCUUGCCAGAUCCUACACUGUAUUAUCCACUCAAAUGUGCAGGAGUCCAAGACACCAAGCUUGAGAUCCACGGAUGCGACGGGCAGAGCUACAACGCCGUGCUGCACACUCGGUUUUGUGUGGACGAUGGAUUUCCCACCACCUUGGAGCAGCAGAUUGUUGACUCCGUGCUUGUUUGUUCUUUGCAGGUUUCCAGUGGGUAACGCGGAGUAUGUGAAGCAAUUUCUACUCCAGUACAGCCUCUUGCGAAGGAAGGAAGGCUUCGUACUGCGGCACGAUUCCACGGGGAGCUUUGACACGGGCGGAGCGUCCGGUUUUGGAAUCGGGCCCGACUGUUUGAACGAGUCGUCCGCUUCUUUCCCAAAGCAACUUGGCCGCAGUUUGUUCUCGGACCUUCACUCCGCCUCCGAUACUUUGAACGCGUUUGGUAAGCAACAUCUUCUGGGGCCGAGCAAAGCAAACCGAAGCAGCAGCUUGGACAGCAUGGACCCUGGCGACGGUUCCAACUUGCCUGUCAAGCCUCCAAAGAGCAACGCUGCCGCACAGGUUUCCUUCUGUCGCCCCCCAGCCAAAGGGAUGAGUUUCUCACUAGGGAAAGAACCGGCAAGCUCAAGAUGUCCGAUCUAGCGCAGCACUUCCACCUUCCUAUAAAUGCCGCCGCCAAGGAGCUGGGAAUCUGUCCAACGGUGUUGAAGAAGAUUUGUAGGAGGAACGGGAUGCGUCGGUGGCCUCAUAGAAAGAUUAAGAGUAUAGAGCGGAUAAUCGCCACCUUGGAGCAGACAAUAGCAGAAGGGGCUGGGCAAGGUGACGAAGGAAUUCGUAUGGAGAUAGCGAUGCUGCGGAACGAGCGUGCUCAGCUAUGCGCGGGUUUGCUCGGGGAGACCUGAUCCGCGGACAAGUUUUCUUUCUUGUCCUCGCGAGCGGUGUAUUAUACUCAGAUCUAGCAGCAGUAGCGCGCGAGAGAGCGAGAGCAAGCUAAACGAAGAGAAGAAUUUUUUUUUUUUAA